CUCUGCGAAGAAAGCGCAGACCAGCGUCGCCCGACGGAUGCUAGGCCGCUCGCGCACGGACUCCAACAUCAUCAGCAUUAGCAGCACGAGCGAGCAGGAGACCUCCGAGCCCAACUCCGUUCAUGCCACACCCAAGAAACUGCGCACCUUCGUCUCCGAGAGCGCUAUCGGCUCGCCCUCUUCGCACUCGCCGUCGAAGGAUGACAUCUCGUCGCCACCUGUCCGGCCGUCUCUACCGGGCGCGAACUCGAACGUUAGAACGUAUGCGGGCACCUCGCGUUCUUUCCUUGUUGCGCUUCCGCCUUCCCAGGCGGCGUCGAUGGGCGUGGACCCAACCGCCGCGGCGAUCGACGACGCGGCGAUGAUAGUAGACAGUCAGGAGGACGACUUUGAGAUGCGCGAGUCGUACACGGAGCUUCGUCAGCGAUGGGGCAUAGACGGCUCCGAAGACGACCCUCGGCCGGUCUCGCCACAGGCGUCGCCGUCUCCCAAGCGCAAGGGGAAGGGGAAGGGGAGGGGUAUGGCGAAGCAGGCCGCAGUAGAGCAGCCUGUAAGGCUGUUCAACGGGAUGAUCAACGACCUGAAGAGCAUCACAGACCUGAGGAGUAAGGGCGAGAGCAGGAGAUUUCUGGACGAAAUGGGGUACCUCUUUGAAGGCUUGGACGCGAAGUGUACCAUCGGUGUGCGGAGGGGGAGCGCCAUGGAGAUCGUAACCAAGCUCUGCGACGUCGAUUUUGCUCGCAGAGCUAAAGCGGCGGACUUUUUGGGCCGCGCAUGGGAGGUGCUACGAGAGGCGGGCGCAGGGGACGGCGAUAAGGUCCUAGAUACCAUAUUGGCAUUCUAUGCCGCCCUAGUAGCCCGGGACUCUACAGUUCUUUCCGAUUUGGUCUCAAAAUCGGACUUUACCGAUACUCUUCAUAAUAUGCUCGCGGCCCUGGAACACGCCAAUGACCCCCUCUGGCUGAUAUCAUCCAAUGCGGGUGUGGGUGAGCUGAAAGCAGCCGGGAUAUCGAAAGCUGAAAACACCCUGUUAGUUGACCUGCAGAGGCUAGUUCGAAAAAAAUCCGGUAUAUUUGACGACAGCGACAUUAUAUCAAAUCGUCUGCUGAUAUCGCACGCGCUGGCUGACGUACCACCAUCCGCGCAUACCUUCUCUCACCUACCCUCGCUGCUUCACAGCUUGACUGCGGAAAUCAGCUUGUUGCCAUCUCGAGUAGCAGCAUACACCUCUGGGCUCUCCCUAUUCCCUCCGCAGGGACCCUCAUCGUACGUCGAGACGCCGUCAUUGAUGCACCUGGACGACUGUCUUCGGCUGCUGGAUACUUGCCUUCUUGGUUCGUGGUCCAUCUAUGACGAAGAGGAGACUGCACGAUCGCAAAAACUCGAAGAACUGCGCGAGAGCAAUUUCGCGGCCGCUGUCAUUGCUCUAUGUGUCAGCUGCAACAUCAUCUUACACGACGACAGUCUUGGAGAGCAUCAUGCAACAGCGAGCAAAUGUGUGGAGUCAGCACUCCGGGUGCUGAUAAAUCUCACGCACGAGGACCUCCCGUGGUGUCGCGCGGUCCUAGAAGACGAUUUGUCCACGCUCGCCAUCAUGUUCCUUGUUGUCAUGGCGCAGCGCCAGCGACGGUUGCUUGUAAAGUGCGUGGAUGCGGAGGAGACUGGCUCCGAGGAUGCUGAAAACGCUGCGCGGUCGCUCGACCGACUGUGUCUGGCCCUCGGCCUCCUCACGAACCUGGUACAGGCAGCAUCAGAUGCUCGACACGUCAUAGCAGAUACAUUGCUCGAUUUCGACUGCCCUGGCCACCGACGGUGCAUCCGCGGAUGCACAUGUCCUUCCCGCAUUAGCGCUCUCGCGUGCCUCGCGCAAGUCUAUACACACUACCUCGAGUCACCAAGCGAGCUUGACACAGUCGUGCGGGGACAUAUGGCCGUCCUCUUCGGACUCCUCAUGGAGCAUGCUCCGUCGAACCAGCGCACGCUCCUUGCUGCGCUUCCUGGGGAAGACGACUGGACGAAGCUUGGCACGCUCCUAAAGCACGCGCAAGACUUCACGCUGUUCUACGUUGCGCUGACUCGUAAGAUGGCGGAAUCUCAGGACACCAAUGUGGAGGAAGGGGAAGAAGACGACGAGAGCUCACAUGCGUCCGCGAGUGCGUCCAGGAGAGUGUUCCGGGACUCGAAGGGCGAGGCUGUUGCGAAGGGGGUAAUUGGAUUUCUACGAAAGCUGAGAGACGAGAGUGGAUGA